UUAUAGUCAGUUAACUCUUUUGCCUCGGGAAGAUGUAUGAGACAGAAGAUAUCUGAAACAGCCUCUUGAAGAAUGACCCUGAACCUAUUAUAUGAUAGAUCAUUAAUAAUAACAUGGAGGAUAUUAAUAGCAUUACCCCGAAAAUAUAUUGAUAAGAUACAGCUAAAUUAUAGAUGAAAAGGAAUCUACUUCAGCCAGUCAUCAAACCAAGAAAGAAGAAAUGUAUUAAUUAUAUCAGUCGAAUGAGACAAAAUAUACACAUAAAUAUUCAGUAAAUCUAACUCCCUGUAAAUACAUUAAUAUAUGUGAUGUGUAUUCAUGACAUAUCUUUGAAAGCAAAAUAUAAGUUCGUAGCUGGGCAAUAUAUAAUUAUUAUAAAGAAAACAAGGUAGCAAUCCUGGUGUGUAGAAAAAUCUAUUUUAUAUUCAGGUGUGUUGUGUCUCGUCUCUCGCCUAAUACGCCACUUGAGAGAUAAGAAACCCAUGACUGUAGGUUCGAAUUCCGCUUCGCCCCGAUUCCUUUCAAUGUUUGUUAAUGUGCUCGUGGGUUUUCCUAUGUGGUAAAUUGGUAAACUUCAGAGACCUGCAACGCUUUCCUCCCACAUUAAGCUGAAACGACGUGAUAUAACUUGAAUACUGUUUAAAGCGGCCGUGAUCCAUGCAUAGAAACAUGUCCAUCUUACCACAUAUCCUGUAAUUGCUGGAAGUACCAAUGACAAAUGUGUAAAAUUCCAGUGGUAGCCGCUCCUCGCUAUUGUCAGUUGAGUAGACUAUUUCUGUUAUCAGUGCACAGAUCCAACGAAACUGUAGCUGUCACGGCACAUGGAGAUAGCAAAUGACAGAAGAUUGUUGUGUUCCGAUUACAAUUGAAUAUUUUCUUCUAGUAUUGUUAUGUAUAUGGUGCAGAUGCAGUGAUCAUUGUGAAAGAUAUUGACAUACUUCCACAUUAGCCUUUGUAAUUUUUUAUACACACAGGAAACAACAGGUCAAGCUUGAGCAGCAAAAACUUCCAGAACUUCCCUCUCGGACUGCCAAUUUAUUUCUUUACUUUUUGAAAGAUACACAACCUGGUGCAGAGAGACUCUGGAGAAAGAACAUGCAUCAUGCAGAAAUCAUCAGAAGGAACCUACCUUUACUCAAAAGGGACCUGCACCCAGAAGAGGUGCUUGACAACCUGUGGUCUACCGGAGCAUUCAGCGACUUGGAGUAUAGGAGCUGUAAAGAAGAAGACAAGAAACGAGCACAGACUGAAAAGCUGCUGGAAAUAUUGAUGAAAAAGGAAGAGAAUGUGUAUAAACAAUUCUGUGUUGUGCUACACGAAAACCACAGACAUCUCAAAGAGCAGUUGGACAAAACAGCCAAACAUGAAGAUUCUCCAAGCCUGGUAUUUGUCAGUGAGACAGAGGUACAGGAGCGGGUGUCUGUAAUGGAACAGAGGGUUGCUGUGUUGCAGAAGGAACUAGAUGAUUCGAGACAAGAAGCACAACAUACCAAGGCUGAAUGGGAGAGGGAUUUCAAAGAAUUAAAUGGGCAGCAUGGACAGCAGGAAACAUCUUUAAAGAAGGAAAAUCACAUAUUGUCCCAGCACCUGGAGCAGGAGAAGAACAGGACGAAAGCGGUUCAAGCAAUGUUAGAAGGGAUGAAAGGCAAAAAUGAACGUAUGACCAAGGAUUUGAAGGAAAUUCAGCAAAAGUUUGAAGCUCUUACCGCCAUUCACACUGACAGAGAGACCAGAGAAAAUAGUGGUUCAAUAACAUCUCAAGCGACUCAAGUGGAGGAAACUGGCUGUGUUCUGAAAACUUCUUCAGAUUGUGACACUAGACAACUGCUGUUGUUGCCGUGUCUCCAUGCCGCCUGUAAACCCUGCAUUGGCCACCUCGACCUGAAGAACAUUGUGUGUUCGUGUGGACGGGACAUCAAAUUGGACGAGAAAAAAACAGUGACCGAUUUCGUGCAAAGUAAUGAAAUCACAUUUGCUACAGAUAAACGCAAAUGUGAAUACCUCACAGAUCAAUGCAAGGGGGGCGUUGUGCGUCAUUGUAAGAUGUGUAACAUUCCCAUGUGUGCUAGUUGCACAAGCAAACACGAGGUGACAAGGGGAACUUCACAACACUCUGUCAUACUGGCGGAACAGCUUAGUCAAAUGCCCAUUCGUGAACGACUACCUCCCUCGACUUGUUCAAACCAUCCAGCUGAACUUGUCAAAUAUUUUGACAAACAAUGCAACACAUCAGUUUGCGAUGUGUGUAUCAGAGGAAACCAUGCCGACCAUGGUAUUAAAGCACUGGAUGUAGCAUUUAAAAAAGCUGAAGAGAGUCUUGUAAACAAAGUUCGUCAGCACAAGGAAUAUCUGGAGAAGAUAAAGGCCUCCUCCAGACAGCGACAGAUCCGGGUUACAGAGCUGGAGGAAAGGGCAGAUCAUGUGAAGAAGGAAAUAGUUAAUGUCCAUAGCGACCUUGCUCUGAGUUUGGUUCAAAGGUUAAAGCAUCACACCCAGAAAAUAGAAAAUCAAGUAGAGGAAAACAGAAGGAUUCUCCGGAAAGAUAUGGAAUGUCUGGAGACCAGUAGCUCAGCUGUACUGACUACACUAAGUUAUGCUGAAAGAGCCAUGGCAUCUACCACACACGCCCAAUUCAUGGAUCUGUCAUCUACCAUUGUCAACAAGAUAGACGAAGACCUUCUCCGCGUUCUUCCCGAAGAUUCAGUGAAGACACAGUCCAUGAGUUUCAUUCGUCAAGGACAUAGAGCUCUUCACGAAUUGGUUGAAAUGUUUGGCACCUUCAGCACCUCUGACAAGGGCGUAGAUGAACUAGAUACCAUUCCGACUAUAACAGACUUGCAAAAUGAGAUCGUCAUUUUCAAAGAUCAGGAAAAGGACUUCAAAAUGGAGAGGAAACGUUUGAUGGAAGUGACCACGCUCUUAAAGGACAACCAGGAAUCACUAGGAAUAUACUUCCUGGAUGCCAGAAAGAUUGACCGGUCAUCUAUCCUUCAGUGUAUACAUCUGAAGUAUGACAAAGACAGAGUCAAUCUCGACAAAGUCCACAUCAACACAGAAGGAGACCUAGUCAACAGGAAGUCGGACACCAGACCUGCAGGGGAAGGGAGACUGAAGAUGUACUGUGGCACAUGUAGCACUGCCCCCCUCCCCCGGGCUGGCUGUCCCCAGUACUGGGAGGUGGUAAACAGGGUCAGUCUGGACAAACCACUCACAUGGAACUGGCUCAUCCUGGAGGUAGGGGUGUGUCAGGAGGAGCAGAGGGACGUGUCUCAUUGUAUCAGUGAACAACCCAGCACCUGCUGUAUGCGGGUCUCCCACUGUCCUACACACGGCGGGAUAUGCAGGGAGACAUGGAAGGAGGGGAAGCGUGUGCUGUGUCUGCCUGACACUCUCCCCAACACAGCAAGGACAUUACGCACACUACAUUACGGUGUUGUCUAUGAUGACGCCAGGAAGAAGAUUGUCUUCAUUGAUGUGAAGGAGAACAAAGUGAUGUCGAGGUUAGACAAUGUAGACUCCAGUCAGCCACUGUGGCCGAUGUUCGGGGUGUAUAAUCCAUCUGUCCUCACUGUCAGCAUGACACUUGUAGUGGGCAGCGACAUCAACAUGACAGAGGAGAAGAAAGCAAUGAUUGUCAAGGCGCUGUCGUGAUGGUCACAAUGAUUGUCAAGGCGCUGUCGUGAUCGUCACAAUGAUUGUCAAGGCCCUGUCGUGAUGGUGACAGUUAUUGUCAAGGCCCUGUCGUGAUGGUGACAAUGAUUGUCAAGGCACUGUCGUGAUGGUGACAAUGAUUGUCAAGGCGUUGUCGUGAUGAGGACACUGAUUGUCAAGGCGUUGUCGUGAUGGUGAGAAUGAUGGUGAUAUGAACACACAUAGAUUUCUGGAAGACACUCACUGCUCAGGAACAACUGCGGACUGUGGGGAAUGCAAUCAAUAUCAAUCUGUUUAAAGUGUUUAUAUCUUUUGGUUUUAAGUAAAUUAUGUUGUAUGCGAUAAGUAUAUUUAGCACAAAAUAUCAAAUUUAUAUUUAAAUACACUCUCAAGCAUUUCUUUAAGACAUUUUGCUACAACAAUUCCUUUUGAUCAUUUCUUACGACAAAAUUCCAGAAUGUAUUUUACACGCGCUUCAGUGGAACGCAAAAAACAUACAUGCACCCCGAGUGGUACUCCAGCAACGAAUUUAUCUUACCAACAUGUUUUAAACUCAUUGCAAAAGAAUUAAAACAAAUCCAAAAUUGAUGGAAAACAGCUGUUCGAGUGAGCUGAGGUUAAAUUUAGCUAUGUCAGCGACGUUGCGUGACUCGAAAAAAAUAGAUCAUGGGUUUUUUUUCGCUUCGAAGCGUGGAAUAAGGGACUUGUUCGUUCCCACAGAAAUCACGUACAGCUUGUCUUGUUCGAGGCGGAGCAUAAGGAAUUUAUUCUGCCGCUCAAAAAUUUGAUUUGUCUCCCAGACGGGAUACAUAGAUUUUUAUCAAGAUAACGUGAUACAAUCAGAUCUCAUCACUCUGACAUGGUGUGGUGAGGUGAAAUGAGGUUUAACGUCGCGUUCAAUAAUAUUUCACUUACAUUGCGACCGUGUGUGUGUGUGUGUGUGUGUGUGUGUGUGUGUGUGCGUGUGCGUGUGUGUGUCUCACACCAACACCGUCAAAACAUUUGGUUUUUUGUUGUUGUUUUUUG